UCCAGUCCUUGCAGCAUGUUGAUCCAUUCCAGCCGCUCUUGUAGCUUGAACGCAGUGCAUUAUGGGACGUGCCGUGGGCUGGUGGUGAAGUCAAGAUGGCGGUGAACGUCAGGCAGAGGAAGGACCCUGCGCUGGGAAGGCCGUGAAGGAAGUUCGGAAGAGAAAAGCGUCCGUUGCUGCCUGCUCACACCUCAACCGCCGUGCUGUCGAAGCUGGAAUCAGCCCGCGGAGGACUCGAAACAUUCACAAACAGCAACAGGAUAACAAACAACUGAGGAGAAAGUCUCGUAUGAAUCCCGACGAGAAGGAGGACUGUGAGUGUGCGCCACCACAGGCCGAGACCAGCCCCGCAGGAGGACCUUACAGAGAAUACGAGGAGCCUGAAAUAGAAAACCCAGAAGCAAGCCGAAUGAAGCGAGCAGCUGCCAAACAUCUAAUAGAGCGCUAUUACCACCAGUUAACGGAGGGCUGUGGGAAUGAGUCAUGCUCCAACUCAUGGUGUGCCUCGUCGGUUGGCUUCAGCCGCAUGGACAACAAUGCGGCGGCGGUCAAAGCCCUGGAGCUCUACAAGGUCAAUGCCAAGCUGUGUGACCCCCACCCCUCCAAGAAAGGCACCGCCUCAGCCUACCUGGAGAGCAGUGCUCACAGCAACUCUGCCUGCAGCAACAGGAAGAUGAACCAUAAAGAUGUCCACUCUGUACGGGACAAUUUCAAAGAUGUAAAUUACCUGACAGAGGAGAAAGUGUAUGAAAUCUUGGACAUCUGUGGAGAGAAGGAAGAUUACUCGCCUCUCAUCAGGGUAAUAGGCCGGGUGUUCUCCAGUGCUGAGGGCCUGGUGCAGAGCUUCCGGAGGUCCAAACCUCACACCAAGGAGGAGCUCAAGUCCCUUCAAGGUAAGGAUGAGGACAAGGAUGAGGACGAGAAGGAGGCAGCUGCCUGCUCUGCUACAGCUAUGGAGGAGGACUCCCCCGCCUCCUCCUCAUCAUCAAGGCUCGGAGAGGGCUCCUCAGGGGAAAAUGAUGUCCAAAAGCUGGCCCCCGAUGAGGUGUCGGUGGACAUCGAAGCCGUGCGGCGAGUCUACGAGCGCCUGCUGUCCAAUGAGAAGAUAGAAGCAGCCUUCCUGAAUGCACUGGUCUACCUCUCACCCAAUGUAGAGUGUGACCUGACGUAUCACAAUGUGUAUUCACGAGACCCAAACUACUUGAACCUGUUUGUUAUAGUGAUGGAAAACAGUAAUCUCCACAGCCCAGAGUACCUGGAGAUUGCCCUCCCACAGUUCUGCAAGGCCAUGAGCAAACUCCCACUGGCAGCCCAGGCCAAGCUGGCACGCUUGUGGUCGCAUUAUAGCGCUGAGCAGAUCCGGCGCAUGGUGGAGACCUUCCAGCAGCUCAUUACCUACAAGGUGAUCAGUAACGAGUUCAACAGCCGCAACCUGGUCAACGAUGACGACGCAGUGGUGGCGUCCACCAAGUGCUUGAAGAUCGUCUACUAUGCAAACGUUCUGGGCGGCGACCUGGAUGUGGAGCACAACGAGGAAGAGGACGAGGAGCCCAUCCCAGAGUCCAGCGAGCUCACCCUGCAGGAGCUGCUGGGCGAGGAGCGGCGAAAUAAGAAGGGCCCUCGGGUGGACCCGUUGGAGACGGAGUUGGGGAUCCGAACCAACGACUGCCGGCGGCCUCUCAUUCCCUUUGAGGAGUUUGUCAAUGAGCCUCUAAAUGAGGUGCUAGAGAUGGACAAGGACUACACUUUCUUUAAGGUUGAAACUGAAAACAAGUUCUCCUUUAUGACCUGCCCUUUCAUCCUAAACGCCGUCACCAAGAACCUGGGUCUGUACUAUGACAACCGCAUCCGCAUGUACAGCGAGCGGCGUAUUACUGUGCUCUACAGCUUGGUGCAGGGUCAGCAGCUCAACCCAUACCUGAGGCUCAAAGUGCGCAGAGAUCACAUUAUUGACGACGCGUUGGUCAGGCUGGAAAUGAUAGCAAUGGAGAACCCUGCAGACUUGAAGAAGCAGCUGUAUGUGGAGUUUGAAGGAGAGCAAGGUGUUGAUGAAGGAGGCGUUUCCAAAGAGUUCUUUCAGCUGGUGGUGGAGGAGAUCUUUAACCCAGACAUUGGCAUGUUCACAUACGAUGAACGCACCAAACUGUUUUGGUUCAACGCGUCAUCGUUUGAAAAUGAGGGACAGUACACUCUGAUCGGCAUCGUCCUCGGCCUGGCCAUCUAUAACAACUGCAUCCUGGAUGUCCACUUUCCCAUGGUGGUGUACAGGAAGCUGAUGGGCAAGAAAGGAACGUUCAGGGACUUGGCUGACGCCAACCCGGUUCUACACCAGAGCCUGAAGGAGCUGCUGGAGUACGAGGGCAGUGUCGAAGAGGACAUGAUGAUCACUUUCCAGAUUUCCCAGACAGACCUGUUCGGGAACCCACUCAUGUACGAUUUAAGGGAAAAUGGGGACAAGAUUCCAGUCACGAAUGAAAACAGAAAGGAGUUCGUGGCACAGUAUGCAGAGUAUAUGCUGAACAAAAGUGUGGAGCUUCAAGCGUUCAGAAGAGGCUUCCACAUGGUCACCAACGAGUCACCGCUCAAAUACCUGUUCAGACCAGAGGAGAUCGAGCUCCUGAUCUGUGGAAGCAGAAACCUGGACUUCCUGCACUUGAGAAGAACAACUGAAUAUGACGGAGGUUACAACAGAGAUUCUCGAAUCAUCAAGGAGUUUUGGGAGACGUUGCACUCGUUGGUGAGAGAGCAGAAGCGCCUCUUGCAGUUACCCACUGGCACUGACAGAGCACCUGUGGGUGGGCUGGGAGUGAAGAUGAUCAUUGCCAAGAACGGCCCUGACACAGACAGGUUACCGACGUCUCACACUUGCUUUAAUGUGCUGCUGCUGCCUGAGUACAGCAGCAAGGAAAAGCGGGAGAGACUGCUGAAAGCCAUCACCUAUGCCAAAGGUUUGGCAUGCUCUGAGCCCGUGCUCAAAUACACAGCAAACGGACUCCUUCUCAGAAAGCCCAUCAAACCUGCCUGCCCUUCCUUUAUCAGACACAAUCUAAAAGGUGACAAAAGACAGACCAGAGUAUGA